CGCCGAAUAUUUGUUUUACGUGCUGCUACCCUGCAUAACAACACACACAUCCGGUAAUCAUGCUACCAACCGACGUUUGGGACUACAUUGUCAUCCUCGUCAUCGAGGCUGGCAGUAGCGCGGCUGGCCGGACGGACAUUCUCUACGUCAACUCGACCAACCUGAUCUCGGGCGACUUUGACUGGAACUACUAUUCCACGCCGCAAUCUCAGCUCAACAACCGCGUCAUCCAGAGCGCUGCCGGGAAGGGUCUCGGCGGCGGCUCCCUCAUCAACACAUGUGGAUGGAUGCGUGGCGCCCGCGUCGACUACGACGAGUGGGCCGACCUGGUCAACGACUCCCGUUGGAGCUACGACAGCCAGCUGCCGUUCUUCAAGCGUUCCGAGGCGUACUGGACCGACGUCAACGCGGACGAGCACGGGUUCGAUGGACCCUUGAAGGUCGAGGACCCCUCGGUCACGGGCCGCGUCUACCCCCUGAGAGACGCCGUCUAUGUCUCGUACGAGUCCAUCGGCAUCAAGGCCCUCCCGGGCCUAGACGCCAACGCCGGCCAGAACCUCGGCUUUGGCGAGAUCGCAGAGAACCGCCGCAACGGCGUUCGCCAAAUCGCGUCAGAGUACUACCCCCUCGACGGCAUUAUGGUCAUGACAGACACGCUCGUCGAGAAGAUCCUCCUCCGCAGCGACAACAACUCCAGCUCCAGCGCCGGCACCCUCGUCGCGACUGGCGUCCGUCUCGCUAACGGCACGGAGAUCCUCGGCAAGGAGAUCAUCGCCGCCGCUGCUGAUGCUCUCCGGCAUCGGCCCGUCGGCAAGAACUUUGCUGACCACGCCUUCUUCACCUACAACUGGCGACUCUCCCCUCAGUACCGCAACUCGACCGUCGACUCGGGCAACUCCCUCUUCUUCCAACCACAGUACGGCCUCGGCCAGCCCAACCACUUCGUCGCCUCCUUUGGCGUGGAAGAUAAAGACGGCCUCGUCGCCGCCAUCACCGAGGAAGAGGGCAGCGCGCCCGACGCAGCUACGCACCCACUCCUCAAGAACGAGCGCAUCCACAUGGAAGGCUUCGUACUCUACGUCAACACGAACCCGGCCCUUCCGUCCAACAGCACCUACCUCACGACCGCCAACGUCGGCCUCCACCCCACGAGCCGCGGCUCCGUGACGCUCAAUUCCGCGGACCCUCGUGAGGCCCCGCUCAUCGACCCCAACUUCUUCGGGUCAGAGGUCGAUCGAUUCGUGUGGCGCGACUCGAUCCGCCGGAUGACGCGCAUGAUGAUUGGCGGCGAGUCGCCGCUGAGCCAGGGGAUCGUCGAGGCCGAGGCGGCGCCGGAGGGUCUGAAGCCGUUUACGCUUCCGUGUUCCCGACAAUCAUCACGGUUCACAUCCAGGCCGCUGUGUACGCUCUCGCCGAGCAGGCUGCUGAAAUCAUUGCUUCGUCGUAGAUCAGGGGAUCAUAGAUUCUGACGUUGACGACAUGAUGCAAGAAAUGAG